GGCGGCUCCUGUCCCGGCUGUGAGUGCCGCUUCCCCGGUUACCGCCCGGCAGCCGCGUCCCCCUGUGCUAGACCGGCUCCUGUCCCGGCUGUGAGUGCCGCGUCCCCCUGUCCUAGAGCGGUUCCUGUCCCGGCUCCUGCAGCUGAUGCAAAAUGAGUGUUCCUGACUACAUGCAGUGUGCUGAGGAUCAUCAGACCCUCCUGGUGGUGGUGCAGCCCGUUGGCAUUGUCCCUGAAGAGAGCUUUUUCAGGAUCUACAAGCGCAUUGCGGCCGUGAGCCAGGUGAACGUGCGCGACUCGCAGCGCGUGCUCUACAUCCGCUACAGGCACCACUACCCCCCGGAGAACAACGAGUGGGGCGAUUUUCAGACUCACCGCAAGGUCGUGGGGCUGAUCACCAUCACAGAGUGCUCUUCAGCCAAGGAAUGGCCUCAGACUUUUGAGAAGUUCCAUCUUCAGAAGGAAAUGUACGGCUCUACCCUCUAUGACUCCCGCUUGUUUGUCUUUGGGCUUCAAGGAGAGAUUGCAGAGCAGCCCCGCACAGAUGUGGCCUUUUAUCCCAGUUAUAAUGAGUGUGAGACUGUGGAGAAGAGAAUAGAAGAUUUUAUUGAGUCCCUCUUCAUAGUGCUGGAGUCCAAGCGUCUCGACAGAGCCACUGAUAAGUCUGGAGACAAGAUCCCCCUGCUCUGUGUUCCUUUUGAGAAGAAGGAUUUCGUAGGGCUGGACACCGACAGUAGACACUACAAGAAGCGCUGCCAGGGCCGCAUGCGGAAGCACGUGGGGGAUCUGUGCCUGCAGGCGGGCAUGCUGCAGGAUUCCCUGGUGCACUACCACAUGGCAGUGGAGCUGCUGCGCUCUGUCAACGACUUCCUCUGGCUUGGAGCUGCCCUGGAGGGGCUGUGCUCAGCAUCUGUCAUCUAUCACUACCCAGGGGGCACUGGGGGUAAAGUUGGCUCUCGCAGGGCCCAAGGAGGUUCUCUGUCUGCUGAGGCAGGCAACAGGCACAGGCCAGGGGCACAAGAAGUUCUCAUUGAUCCAGGUGCUCUUACUUCCAAUGGGAUCAAUGCAGAUACCAGUGCUGAGAUAGGACGUGCCAAGAACUGCCUGAGUCCUGAAGACAUCAUAGAAAAAUAUAAAGAAGCCAUUUCUUACUAUGGCAAGUACAAGAAUGCUGGGGUGAUUGAACUGGAAGCUUGUGUGAAGGCUGUGAGAGUCCUGGCAAUGCAGAAGAGGAGCAUGGAAGCCUCUGAGUUUCUGCAGAACGCAGUUUACAUCAACCUUCGGCAGCUCUCGGAAGAGGAGAAGAUCCAGCGUUACAGCAUCCUGUCGGAGCUGUACGAGCGCAUCGGCUUCCACCGCAAAUCGGCGUUUUUCAAGCGCAUCGCGGCCAUGCAGUGCGCGGCGCCCAGCAUCCCCGAGCCCGGCUGGAGGGCCUGCUACAAACUGCUGCUGGAGACCCUGCCUGGCUACAGCCUCUCCCUGGACCCUCAGGACUUCAGCAAAGGAACUCACAGGGGAUGGGCUGCAGUGCAGAUGCGCCUGCUCCAUGAGCUGGUCUAUGCCUCCAGGAGGAUGGGCAACCCUGCCCUGUGUGUCAGGCACCUCUCCUUCCUGCUCCAGACCAUGCUGGAUUUCCUUUCUGACCAAGAAAAGAAAGAUGUCACGCAGAGCUUGGAAAGCUACACGGCAAAAUGCCCUGGGACAAUGGAAGUCAUCACUCUUCCAGAUGGUUUGAAGCUACCUCCUGUUCCCUUCACCAAAUUGCCUAUUGUGAAAUCUGUGAAGCUCUUGAACCUCCCAACCAGUCUCCGACCUCACAAAAUGAAAAGUUUACUUGGUCAGAAUGUGUCAACCAAAAGCCCCUUCAUAUAUUCUCCAAUUAUUGCUCACAGUCGUGGGGAAGAACGAAAUAAGAAAAUAGAUUUCCAGUGGGUGCAGGGAGAUGUGUGUGAAGUUCAGCUGAUGGUGUACAACCCUAUGCCUUUUGAGCUCCGAGUGGAAAACAUGGGUCUCUUGACAACUGGAGUAGAAUUUGAGUCUCUGCCUGCUGCCCUUUCCCUCCCUGCAGAAUCUGGGCUCUACCCUGUGACUCUGGUUGGAGUUCCCCAAACCACAGGGCAGAUCACUGUCAAUGGUUAUCAUACUUCAGUUUUUGGAGUCUUCAGUGAUUGUCUUCUGGAUAAUCUGCCAGGAGUGAAGACCAAUGGCUGCGCUGUUGAAGUCAUUCCAGCUUUGCCAAGGCUGCAGAUCAGCACCUCCCUUCCAAGGUCUGCUCAUACACUUCAGCCUUCUUCAGGGGAUGAAAUCUCCACUAAUGUGUCUGUCCAGCUGUACAAUGGAGAGACCCAGCAGCUCAUCAUUAAAUUAGAAAAUAUUGGAACAGAACCUUUGGAGAAACUGGAGGUGACAGCAAAAACAGUCAACACCAAGGAGAAGCUGUAUGGAGAGUUCUUGAGUUGGAAUCUAGAAGACACCCUCUGCCAGUUCCCUCUAAAACCUGGAAAGAUUGCAACAUUUGUUGUAAACAUUAAAGUGAAGCUGGACUUUUCUUGCCAAGAAAACCUUCUGCAGGAUCUCAGUGAUGAUGGAAUCAGUGUCAGUGGACUCCCACUCUCCAGUCCUUUCAGGCAGGUUGUCAAACCAAGAGUGGAGACCAAACCUCUUAAUCCCCAGGAAAGCAGCAAAGUUGGCGAUUUCAGUCACGUCAAGACACUGGAAGCCAUUUUGAACUUCAAGUACUCUGGGGGACCAGGACAUGCUGAAGGAUACUACAGGAACCUUGCCCUGGGUCUCCACGUGGAGGUGGAGCCCUCCGUUUUCUUCACUCGCAUCAGUACCCUGCCAGCAACAAGCACCAGGCAGUGCCACCUCCUUCUUGAUGUCUUCAAUUCCACAGAGCAUGAGCUGACCAUCAGUGCCAGGAACAACGAGGAUUUAAUUCUGCACGCCGGGGAGUGCCAGCGCAUGGCUAUCCAAGUGGACAAGUUCAAUUUUGAGAGCUUCCCAGAAUCCCCAACUGAUGGAGCACAGUCGGCGAAUGCAAAGCAGCUGGAAGAAGAAAGGCAACAAGCAAGAGGCCUGGAGAUUAACAGCAAGCUGGAUAUUUGCUGGAAAAUUCCUUCCUUGAAGCGUGAAGGGGAGGCAAGUGUGGAGGGGGUUCUGAAUCAGCUGGUCCUGGAGAAUCUGCAGUUGGCUCCUCUCCAGUGGGACAUCCUGGUGGAUGGCAAGGUGUGUGACUGCGACGCCGUGGUGACGUGCCAGGUGGGGGACCCUGUGUCCCUGCAGGUGAAGCUGACCAACUGGAGCAAGCACAGCGUGGGGCCCUUUGCUCUGACCAUGAUGCCCUACCAGGACUACCAGAAUGGGGUGCACAACUAUGAGCUGCAGGAUGCCAUCACCUUCGUGGGCUCCAACACCUUCCACAUCGACACCGUAAAGCCAACCAAAGACUCUGUGUACUUUGGAGCACUUCUCUUCCUCUACACGGGCGAUUUCUACCUGAACAUCAAAUUCCAUGAAGACGGCAGCAGCAGGGAGCUGCCUCUGUCCUGGCUCUGCCUUCCCAGUGUCCACAUCCGUGCCACAGAGCCCGUGGCCCCAGCUCAGCUGUGAAUGUGGAAUGUGUGAAUGUGCCCUGGGUGCUAUUGAUCACCCAGAGCACACAGCAGAGCUUGGCACAGCCUCUGCUUGACCCCAGCUUGUUUCUGCCCAACCCCAGGACACAGUCUCUGCUCUGGAGGAGCAGCUGAACACUUUCUGAAUUGGCUGACAGUCAUUUGGACAGCUGCUUCAGCUAAUUUCAGAGGGAGAGAGAUUAUAACUGUGCUGAAGUUUUCCUCUGUUUUCAGAAAGCCUUUGAAACUAUUUGCAUUAUACUUCAAUGUGCUCCAUUGAUAUCAGUGGUUUGAAAGUGUCUUGACGGCUGAAUUUUGCAAUGUAUUUGAAGGUCUUAAAUCCUGUUUGAAUAAUCCUGUUUGAUCAUUUUUUUCAGUAAGAUUUGUGUGUCUGUAUGAAAUUCCUUCUGGUUUAUGCUGGACCCAUGGCACGUUCCCUUGGGAUAUAGAUCUCUGUUAGAUUUGUUCUCUGGCUUGCUCAUGUUCAUUUGUUUGCUGAGAAUUUGGUGUCUUUGGUAGCAAAUAGCAGUAGUGGUGCUUUUCAGUGUGCUACUGAAAGUAAGAAUAGCCUCCAGUUAUUCUCUGCCUCCCCUGAGCCCAGUGCCACUUGCUCCUGGUAAAGUCACUGCCUUUAGUUUGGCAGAUCUAUGAACUAGAAAGGAGAGAGGGUGAGGAAGAGCAAAAAGAGUUUCGUCCUUGGGAGAAUAAAUAAGCCAACUUUUGGGCUGCCUAAGGCUUGUCUGUGAAUUUAGGCUUUCACAGUUCUGUUCUACACGGUCAUAGUCACUUGAAACAUUUGCAGACUCUUAAAGAUCCACCAGAAUUAAUCAGAUGAUCAUUAAUAUACUUUUCAUGAGUUUUUGCAAACUCUUCUCACCAGAUUUUUCAUACUGAUAUACUGCUUUUUAAAUGUGUCUAGUUUUUUCCUUUUUCUUUUUGUUUUCUUAAAGUUUGGGGGUUUUUUUAAGUUUAAUUAUUAAGCAGUUAAGGCCAUGGAAUUCCUGAGUGUGAGAGUAGUUGUUGAAUGUACAGAUAAUUUAGCCUAUUUUUCAGAAUGAUGUUUUUGUAUAGCGAGACAUGUUUUUACCCCAUGUAAAGCAGGGAGAUGUUUUAGCUGUAUGAUUAAUACAUUAUUUCAUGGACCAUAUGUUUAAAAACUAUCUCAGUCUUUUCUUAAAUGCACAGUUAAAUUUGGUGGUAGUGUGCUUUGGGGGUGGAUACACCGAGAUGUGGCAGGGACACUCCAGUUAGCUCUACAUGAUUUAAAUCCAGAUGCACAACCUCUCUGCAAAUUCUUUGUUUCUUUGGAAUUCAUGCAGACAUGGGCCCCACUGAAUGCCUGGCCUGACCCUUACUGCUCAUUCUGGCUCUCUGCACCAAGCCCAGGGGUACUUUUAGGUGUGAUUGGUGUUUCCUACAGUGCUCCAAACCCCAUUCAUUGCAUGCUUGCAAGUGACUGUUCAUCCUAAAAGUAUUCCCAAGCUGGGGAACUGUGGCUGUAGCAUGGUAGUUGCAUUUCCA